UCUACCAGAUAUUCUCCACAUGAGUAUGUGUUACUCACUGACGGGGGAGAACCCGACAGCUUUGAAGAAGCUAUUGAUGAUGGACAUAAGGAGAAGUGGAUAGAAGCCAUGCAAGAUGAGAUGAAAUCCUUGCAUGAGAACAAGACGUUUGAGCUGGUGAAGUUGCUGAAAGGCAAGAGAGCUUUGAAGAAUAAGUGGGUAUUCAAGAUGAAGCAUGAUGAACACAAUUCCCUUCCGAGAUUCAAAGCAAGAUUGGUCGUCAAAGGUUUCAAUCAAAGGAAAGGCAUUGACUUUGAUGAAAUAUUCUCACCAGUUGUGAAAAUGACCUCAAUACGCACGGUGCUGGGAUUAGCAGCAAGCCUCAACCUGGAGGUUGAGCAGAUGGAUAUUGCAGGGCACAAUUUGACUGUUGUUGAGGUUGAUGCAUCUUACGUUAAACCCUUCAAGACCGACACCAUUUUCAUCGCUCCAGGACAGACGACAAAUGCCAUUCUCACUGCUGAUCAGACUGCUGGCAAGUACUUAAUAGCCGUAUCUCCUUUUAUGGACACUAUAGUAGCCACUGAUAAUCUAACUGCAACUGGAACAAUCCACUAUCAAGGAACUGAUGCACUUUCCCCUACUGCUCUCACUACCAUUCCAUCUCGAAAUGCUACCCCAGUGACCAACAUUUUUGUAGACUUCCUAAGGAGUCUAAACUCGAAAAAAUACCCUGCUAAUGUCUCAUUGAUAAUCGUUCAUUCAUUGCUUCUAACUAUGGGUAUCGGUGUUAAUCCUUGUGCUACAUGCCAAAAUGGAAGCAGAGUUGUGGCAGCUAUCAAUAAUGUUACCUUUGUCAUGCCUACUACCGCUAUCCUACAAGCACAUUACUAUAACAUAAGUGAUGUCUACACCACGGAUUUCCCUGAAAAUCCAGCAAUACCUUUCAACUAUACUGGCACUCCACCAACAAAUUUGCAGACUCAAAAUGGUACAAAAGUUUACAAAGUUGAAUUUAAUUCAACUGUCCAGGUAGUGCUCCAAGGAACUUCUAUCAUAGCACCAGAGAGCCAUCCAACACAUCUACACGGAUUUAAUUUCUUUGUUGUUGGGAAAGGAGUUGGAAAUUAUGAUCCUAAAAAUGAUCCAAAGAAGUUCAACCUAGUGGAUCCUGUUGAGAGGAAUACUAUGAGUGUACCAACUGCUGGACGGACUGCCAUUAGAUUCCGAGCAGAUAAUCCUGGUGUUUGGUUUUUGCACUGUCAUUUGGAGGUUCAUACAACAUGGGGAUUAAAGAUGGUAUUUUUUGUAGAAAAUGGAAGAGGCCCUAAUCAAUCAAUCUUACCUCCUCCAAGUGAUCUUCCAAAAUGCUAAAGAAAAGCAAACCAAAUUGACAUACGAAUUGGAGUGGAAGCUUCACAGAAAUCGUUGAGAAGUUCAACUAAUAAAAUGUUUAGGACCACAAGUUUGAUGGUUUUGAAUAUGCAUCGAAGGUGUACGAGGAGAAGUCUCUAAGUCUUUUGGCGAAACACAACUUCAAUCUUGAUUAUUUUUUGUGAUUGACUACCAUGUAUAGUGUGAUGUAUCUUGAAAGCCUUGUUUGAUGCUAGAUGCUCUUGGGAAUCUCACAUAAAAUCAAGCUGCUGUUUGUACCAAAAUAAGCCACUUACAUCUGUCUAAUUAAAAAAAUAAUCCGUAGUGAUUCCUCUCUAUUCUACUAGGAGCUAAGUGAAUACAAUAUAUUUGCCCUAUGAGCGGAGCCUUGGAGCGGCAAUAAAAUUGUCUUCGU